AAUGGCCGCCCAAAGGUGAACGUUUCUUUCAUGCCGUGUGUGACGAAGGGGACAGGGGGGAGACGUCACUCAGAGGAACAGCCAAUCGGAUAAUAGCAGUUUGGAUUUAUGCCAGGGUCUUUUUGGCUUGUAAGACUUUCGUACAGGUGACCAGGGCCAGUUUUUUUUCCUCCCCCCUCACAAAAAAAUUUAAGGUCUGCUGAGUGGAGAUGCCAUACACGCCAUCUGGCUUUUUCUGCGACCGGUUGAUCCGGGAACGAGAACGGAGAGACGGGGAAGGGUCCCUGAACAAGCCCAUCCGGUUCAACGGCCAGGACUACAGCACCCUGAGACAGGACUACCUGCAGAGGAAGACUCUGUUUGAGGAUGAAGCUUUCCCCGCCACAGUGGAGUCUCUGGGCUUCAAGGAGCUCGGACACAAGUCCAACAAGGUCAAGAACAUCGUCUGGAAGAGGCCUAAGGAAAUCAGUGAAAACCCUCAGUUCAUUGUCGGAGGAGCGAGUAGGACAGACAUCUGUCAGGGAGAUCUUGGUGAUUGCUGGUUGUUAGCCGCUAUUGCUUGUCUCACCCUGAAUGAGAAGCUCCUCUAUCGAGUUGUUCCCCAGGAGCAAAGCUUCUCGGAGAACUAUGCCGGCAUCUUUCACUUCCAGUUCUGGCGUUAUGGCGACUGGGUCGACGUCGUCAUUGACGACCGCGUCCCGACUUUCAACAACCAGCUGGUCUUCACCAAGUCCGCCGAGAGAAAYGAGUUCUGGAGUGCCCUGCUGGAGAAGGCCUACGCAAAGCUUCACGGCUCUUAUGAGGCCCUGAAAGGCGGGAACACCACGGAAGCCAUGGAGGAUUUCACGGGAGGCGUCACAGAGUUUUACGAGAUGAAGGAAGCUCCGAAAGAGCUUUAUAAGAUCAUGAAGAAAGCCCUGGAGAGAGGCUCACUCAUGGGCUGCUCCAUUGAUUCUCUGGUUCCUGCUCGCUUUGAGACCCGCACGGUGACGGGACUGGUGAAGGGUCACGCCUACUCCGUGACAGCGGUGGACGAGUGUAAACCCUCCCAGCACAAGGACAACAAAGUUCGUCUGGUGCGUCUCAGGAACCCAUGGGGUCAGGUGGAAUGGAACGGCCCCUGGAGUGACAACUCCAAAGAGUGGGUGAAUCUCUCUAAGGCUGACAAAGACAAACUGCAGCACCAAAAYGCAGAGGAUGGRGAGUUCUGGAUGUCAUUUGAGGACUUCAAGAAGAAUUACACUAAGAUUGAGAUCUGUAACCUGACACCCGAUGCCCUGGAGGACGAUAAGAUCCACAAGUGGACGGUCUCUGUGAAUGAGGGCCGCUGGGUGAGAGGCUGCUCCGCCGGAGGCUGCAGGAACUAUCCAGACACCUUCUGGACCAACCCUCAGUACCGCCUCCGCCUGCUGGAGGAGGACGACGAUCCGGACGACAACGAGGUGGUCUGCACCUUCGUGGUGUCCCUGAUGCAGAAGAACAGACGAAAAGAGCGAAAGAUGGGGGCCAACCUCUUCACCAUCGGAUUCGCCAUCUACGAGGUGCCAAAGGAGAUGCACGGAAACAAGCAGCACAUGCAGAAGGACUUCUUCUUGGUMAACUCCUCCAAGGCCCGCUCCAAGUCCUACAUCAACCUGCGGGAGGUGACGCAGCGCUUCCGCCUGAGCCCCGGCGAGUACGUCAUCGUGCCCUCCACGUACGAGCCGCACCAGGAGGGGGAGUUCAUCCUGAGAGUCUUCUCUGAAAAGAGGAACACCUCAGAGGAGAUAGAGAACAGGAUCGARGCGGACCAUCCUGUGCCGGCUCCAGCCUCGGUGGGGGAAGAGAGCGAGGAGGACCAGCAGUUCCGGACUAUUUUUCAGGAGAUAGCCGGUGACGACAUGGAGAUCACAGCGAAUGAACUGAGAAACGUUCUCAACAGGGUGAUCACCACGCACAAGGACYUGAACACGGAGGGCUUCAGCCUGGAGAGCUGCAGGAGCAUGAUUGCUCUGAUGGACAUGGACGGGACAGGUAGACUCAACCUGCAGGAGUUCAUACAUCUGUGGAAUAAGAUCAAGCAGUGGCAGGGAAUCUUCAAACAUUAUAACGCCGAUCAAACCGGCAGCAUCAACAGCUACGAGAUGAGGAACGCCGUCAAUGACGCAGGCUUCCGUCUCAACAACCAGCUGUAUGACAUCAUCACCAUGCGCUACGCCAACGAGAACAUGAACAUUGACUUCGACAGCUUCAUCAGCUGCCUGGUUCGGCUUGAAGCCAUGUUCAGGGCCUUCCAAGCAUUUGACCAGGAUGGAGAUGGAACCAUCAGACUCAGCGUCCUGGAGUGGCUCCAGUUGACCAUGUAUGCCUAGACAGGCCCGCCUUCUCCCAGGUGAACUCCAGUCCACACGAGGACCAGACCUGCCAGCCUUUACCUCAGUAUUCAGUAUUCAGGGGGCCCGACCRCCGUUGGCUUUCAUCCACAUCAACUCACCUCCAGAAGCUCCAAAGGACGUCUUCACUUCCACCGUUCUGUCCUCUGCCCUCGUUCUACCACCAUCGGUCUCUUCACAGUUACAUUUUUGAUUUUCUUUUGGACAUCACCUGUUGUACUGUUCUUUUUCUCAGGCAGCAAACACAACCAACCUCUUUUUACUGUCACAAUACCUCACAGAGCCCCCCUCUCAUGCAUUGUUUUCUUCUWCCACUCAUCCCUCUGACCUGGGCUUAAUAUUUCUCAUAUUCAAUUUUCAUCAYGUUCUUUUUAAUCACUUAGUUUUGUUGGUAAUAACUUUUUCUGAUCCAUGUCGCAUACAUCUCUCUCAGUGUUGGAGAAACUCAGGCCUCCUCUGUUCCACCUCAGCAGGACUUGGCUCCCGCUGACUGUAUCUCAGUUUUUAAGCUCAAUUAAAGAUCAGAAAUAUGGAUUUGAAACAUUAUGGCAAAAGAGUUGAACUGCAGCUUUUUGUGAUUCAUUUCCCCCCUCCCCUUACUUAUAAAAGGCUUUGGUCAAUUGAGUGUACCACAUUUUUAAUCAUUUUAACCCAAUAAAUAAAUAUGUAGCUGUU